UGGAGCUGCUAGCUUGGGAGAUGUUUGAAUUGAGAACUUUCAAGUGGAUUUUUUGGUGAUUUGGAGAAUUAUUAGGUCACAUGGUUGUGAGAGUUGGGAUUUAAAAAAAAAAAAAUGUCUUCCAAAGUGAUCUACUCGCUCAGAGAUCCUGUCCCCAAGAAAAGGGAUGACUUCGAGGACAUCCUUGAGGAGAGGAGGAACUCCAGUGACCUGAGAUACGCCCUCAAGUGUUACACACCUGCCGUGUACAGGAACCUGGUGCCGUGUAAAGUCAGCGUCCUCAAACACCUCAUCCUGCAGUCCGAGUCCCUGAGAUACGUCAUCGAUCAGGUGUCCAUGGAGAGCGGCGAGUCCCGAGAGGUCCUGCAGGAGGAGGCGUCUCAGGUCCUGGAGGAGAUGGCUCACCGGCUGCAGCUCAGCACCGUCCGCUUCUUCGCCUUCAUGCUCAGCAAAGCCUUUAAAGCGCUGUACCGCAGUGUACGGGUCAACGAGGAGGGCUUGCAGAGACUUCAGCAGGCCAUUCAGGAGCAUCCGGUGGUGCUUCUGCCCAGCCACCGCAGCUACAUGGACUUCCUGAUGAUGUCAUACCUCCUGUUCACCUACGACCUGGCACUGCCCGUCAUCGCUGCAGGAAUGGAUUUUAUGAGCAUGAAGUUCGUUGGCGAGAUGCUGCGCAUGUCAGGAGCGUUUUUUAUCCGCCGCUCCUUCGGAGGAGAUAAACUCUACUGGGCUGUUUUCUCAGAAUAUGUCAAGACCAUGCUGAGGAACGGUUACGCUCCGGUCGAGUUCUUCCUCGAAGGCACCAGGAGCCGAACGGCAAAGUCUCUCACGCCAAAGACGGGUUUGCUGAAUAUAGUGAUGGAGCCGUUUUUUAAAGGUGAAGUCUUUGAUGUCAACCUGGUUCCAGUGAGUAUAAGCUACGAGAGGAUUCUGGAGGAGUCUCUGUACGCGCGCGAGCUGCUCGGCGUCCCCAAACCCAAAGAGUCGACGUCUGGGCUGUUAAAGGCCAGAAAGAUCCUCAGUGAGGAUUUCGGGACGAUGCACGUGUACUUUGGAGCCCCCGUGUCGGUGCGGAGCCUGGCGCAGGGACACAUCAACCGCUCGCAGUACAAUCUGGUCCCCAGACACAUUCCCCACAGGCCUGCGGCAGACACUCAGGCGUUCGUGAACGACGUAGCGUUCCACCUGGUGCGGCUGCAGGAGGAGAACAUGGUCCUGAAGCCGUGGUCCCUGAUCUCCACGCUGCUCCUACAGAACCCCCAGGGCGUGGAGCUGACCGCUCUCAGCCAGCAGACCGACUGGCUCCGGCGUCUAGCGCUCAGCUUCGGGGCGUUCCUGGACUGGCCGGACGGCGAAGCGUGCAGUAAGGUUGUCAGCUCCAGUCUGAGCGUGCACAGGAACUUGGCGUGCGUGUCCGGUGGGCGUGUGCAGCUGGUCGUUCCUGAGGCGCCCGGGGCGGGGCUGAGUCCAGAAGAGGCGGAGUUUAACCGAGCGGUCAUCGUGCUGUCCUGCGCGUCCUACAGGAACCAGACGCUGCACGUCUUCGUGAGGCCGGCUCUCCUGGCUGUAGCCAUGCACGCCGCAAACUCCAGCAGGAGAGACGAGGUCUACAAGUGCUUUAACUUCCUAAGGAACAUUUUCUCCAAUGAGUUCAUACUUUGUCCCGGAGCGUCUGUGCAGGACUUUGAGGAAGCGUGUUGCUUGUUGGUGAAGUGCGGCGCCAUACAGGAGUUACAGCAGGAAGUUGUGAUGUCAUCGAGCGGAGAGAGGACGCUGUCCUUCCUGUGUUUGCUAAUGGAGCCGUUCCUGCAGGGGUACCAGGUGGUGUGUCGGUACCUGUGUGAGGACGCGCAGGAGGAUCUCCCCGAGAAGACCUUUCUUAUCGCUGUGAGGAACUUUGCUCUCCGGCUCAUCCUAGCAGGGAGUCUGAGGUAUCACGAAGCCUUGUCAUCUGAUUUGCAGAAGAACGCUCUGGCUGUGCUGGUGCACCUGAAAGCUGUCGAGAAGGUUAAAGACGGCGAUCAGGUGACGCUGAAGAUCAACAAGGUGACGGUGAAUGCGUUGGAGGACAUGCUGGGGGGUAAAAUUCCCACCCAAAAGCCUGUCGUCGCUCGGCUGUAAGCACAUACACACACGCGCACACAUUUUUUUUCCUCCAAGUGUGCCUCAACUGCCUACAUUAGCAUAAUUUUUGCGUCACGGCUCCACCGGCUACAAGGACUGUUUGUCAUCGAGCUUUAAGAAACCGUAACCAUCUGGGACGUGCUAUCUCUCUCUCACACACACACACACACACACACACACACACACAGCUUCAGACUUGGUAUCCUGCUGUGUGAUCAAUGCAUCAGUUUUGAACUACGCCGAACUUUCAUCAUCAGCUGUCACUCUUUGUGGUUUCGCCAAAUUUACUUAGUUACUCUUCUGUCUGCUUUCUUUAUUUAAAGAAAAUGUUCGAAAGCUCUAUUUAUGAACUGGAAUUUUUCUUUUUUUUUGUUGUUGAUGUUUUUAUGUUUGAGCAGCAUCAGGUGCUUGCAUUUUGUUUCUUGAUGAAACGCUGCCAUAAAAAAGUGAACCAGAAUUUUCUAGAUGAGAAUAUGCAAAAAAAAAACUCUAAUAGAAAUACUUUUUUUAUUACAUAUCCAAAUAUAUUUGUUUGUUGUUUAUCUAAUUUAAAUUACAAGGUUUAAUGUGCUUGAUUUAUAUUUAAAAUUUUUGUAGAAACGGCCAUAAGUAGAUAUAUCCAGAAAACAGUUUGAUUUUGUAAGUAAGGGGGGGCCGGGAUACAAUCGGGUACAUUUUAAUAUUAAACUGGGAUAUUUUGUACUUAAUUUGGAUUUGGGAUAUUUGACCAAAUUCAUUGAAUAUCACGCUUAAGUUUCAAUUCAGGCAAGGAUAUUUGGUAAAAGGUUUGGAUUUGGUCUGUAAUUUCUAGCUCAACAUAAUGGGUUUGGUCUGGAAUAUCAUGCUAAAGUUUCUAAUUGGUCUGGGAUGCUUGGUUUGAAAAAAAAGUUGCCUUUGGUAAUAAUUUUGGAUUUUGUUUGGGAUAUUUAGUUUUAAAAAGUUUGGAUUUGAUCUGGCACAUUUGGGAAAUUUGGUUUUAAAAAAAGUUUGGAUUUAUUAGGGGAUAUUUAGUAAAAAGUUUGGAUUUGUAAUGGAAACUGUGGGAAAAGUUUGGAUUUGGUCUGGAGUACUUGGUGUGGGAGGGGUUGGAUUUAGUAUGGGGUACUGGGGGGGCGUAUUUGGGUUUGGUGUAGGAAAAAGUUUUGGUGUAGGAAAAAGUUUUGAUUUGUCAUGGGAAAUUUAGGAAAAUGUUCAGAUUCUGUAUAUGGUAUUUGGUAAAAGUUUGGAUUCGUUUGGGAAAUUUGGGAAAAGUUUGUUUUGGAAAAUUUGGUUUAAAAAAAGUUUGUAUUUGUUAUGGGGUAUUUAGUAAAUAGUAUGGAGUCGGCAUAGGGUAUUGGGUAAAAGUAUGGAUUUGGUCUGGGAUGUGUCUGGGUAUGCCUAGGAUAUCUUACUGAAGCUUGAUUUUAGUCUGGUGUUAAAGAUUAGAUUUGGUCUAAAAAAAAAAAAUAGAUAAACCCUACACAGGAUCUGAAAUAUUUGGCUAAAUUUAGAUUUCGUCAGAGGUAUCUGAUUAAGUAUGGUUGGUGUUUGGUAUAUGUGUACAUUAGCCUUUUUUUAUAUCCACUUCUCUAACCAACGUCUCAGUGUUUUAAAGCCAUAUUUCAGUUUCUUUAUAUUUUGUUUUAAAGCCAUUAGGCAAGAAUAUUAUGUAAAAAAAAAAACAUUUUAUGUAUUAUUUAUAGAUCUAUCAUAUUACAGUAUUCAGAUAGUGCCAACAAAGCAGUCAAAACAUCUCAUGAAAAGCUAUGCAUUAAGAUACACAAAGGUUUCUCAUGAUGUAAUGUUUACUGAUCUUCAUGGUGAAUUGUCACGUCGCCCAACCCAGGAACCAUGUGUUUGAACUUGUAACUAGAUUAAACGCAUUAUUUACUUGGUAACAGUUCUGAUAUGAGCAUGAUGUAAACAAAUCAUGACAGAUCAAGGGCAGAAAUGAGGUAAUGUCAUAAACAUUCAGACACAACCUUAUAGUGUAAGUCCAAAACCUUCAGACGCAUGACCACUGCUACUGAUUUUAGACAUCUGUCUUGAAGUUGUCAUGAGAACGGUGCUUUGAUAGAGUUUUAUAAGGCGGAGUUUAGAUUAUGUGCAUGUGCGUGGGGUGGGGGGGGGUGUUAUUUACAGCUGAUUGUACUAAAAAAUAAAAGGUCAUUAUUAUAUGAUUAUUAUAGUGUGCCAAAUGUAUUUUGAAACUCUGUUUUAUUGAAGUCCACUCAGGGCAUUUUUGUUUUUUUUUUUCUUUCUUUUUUUUGCUUAACGUUGCUUUAAAACCCAAAUUCUUCUCCAUCUGCUACAUGGUGUCUUAGUAAGUGAACUUUGUCACAUUAGGACAUGUCUAACGAGUUCCUGUUUUUAAUCCCUGUUUUUUCUGUCCUAAAUCCUAAGCAAAAGAGAUGAAGACCUGACUGUAAAUUUAUUUGAUGCUUUUACUGUAAUGUCUUUGCCAACAACGAACUCUUUUGCCAAAGUCACUUCCUGUUACUGAUAUUUGUGUGCUUUUGUUUUGCGGUGCGUUUGAAGCAUUACUGAUUCAGUCUAAUUUCACGGUUUGACAGCGUUUGUCUAAUGAAUAUUGAUUGUGUGUGUGUGUGUGUGAAUGUGGUAUUAAAUCUGUAAUGACAAUAAAGUUUGAUAAUUGA